AUGGGCCAGUUCGGGCUGAACAACGGACACCACUGGGGUUACAGCGCGGCCACCCCGUACUCCAGCUACAUCGGGGCGACUCCCCUGAGCAGCUGUGCCGCCUCCACCCCCGGCUUCAACACCCCCGCCAUCGGCUUCACUCCCACGGAGUCCAACUCCCAGCACUCCCAGCAGGACUACACCAACACCACGCCCUCUGCCUCGAACGACAUCGCAGUGAGCGUCGGGGCGACAGAGACCGGCGGGGAACUGGAUCAGCAGCUGAUGGGGAGGUACGGUGAGUACCGCUCCGAGUCCCCAACCUCCGAAGAGUACGGCUACAACUCCAGCCAUUACCCUGUGUUGCCCAGCCUUCUCUACUCCCAGCUCUACCCAAGCGAGCCUCCGGUACCGCAGCCCCGUCAAGACGAGGCGCGGUCCGACCAGCAGUCCGCUGUCUGGAGGCCCUAUUAACUGCCUUCCAUGUCUGUCCUUUGGCUGCGGAUCUCGUAUCUCAUCGGGAUGUCUGACUUCAGAAGUGGUCUCAGAAUGGUACUCAAACAUUGUAAGUAAUCUAACAUAGUAACUCGUUCAGAAAAAAAAAUUUAAAUUGAAG